AUGGGUUUCCUCAACUUGUUCCAGCUGAAGCUGUUCGAUCCAGACCAGUUCGAAAAGGAACUCAGCUCAAUUGCCCAGGAUAUUUCCCGAACACGCAAUAAAAUCACCAUCUUGGGCAGACGCCGUCAUACAGCAAGCCGGAGCUUUAUUUCGUACACCAUCAUCAUUUAUGUGGCAUGGAUAAUGUAUCGGUACAAUGUGGCACUAAGGAAUUUGGGUAUUCUAUCCAAGGGCCAGAGCCGACUCAACUGUUUCUUAAAUGGCCAACUGUCUGGAGAUUUGGUGAAGAUAUUUGUGCUUCCCAUUGUGAUUGCUGCGGUUAAUUUUUUGAUCAAUUCCUUCUACCGUUAUUUGAUUUCGGGCCAGCGCAAGCGCUUGGACUCCAUGGUGAAAAAGCAUAAGGCGAAAAUCGAAGAAUUGAAGAAAUUGUCCAACUACAAUACAACUAAUCUGCUUUUGGAGAAGUAUGGAGAUAAGCCUUCAAGGAAGGCACUGGGUAAUCCUGGUAACUCGCCAAAGUCAAAUAAGCGUCCACGCAAACCACCGCAGAAAAAGAAGCCUGGUAACGGUCUUCCGCCAACAGCCAAUAUCCCAAAGGCAAAUCCGCUUACAGUCACACCGCCCCCUUCAAUUAGACCCCCUCCUUCGCCUGCUGCACCUGUUUCUAAAUCUUUCCAGGACAGGAUUCUUGAUUACAUCAUCGGGUCUGACCACAAUGAAAAUAUCGAAUCCCGCUAUGCAUUAAUAUGUGCCAAUUGCUAUACUCACAAUGGAUUGGCUCCUCCCGGAAGCACAGAUCCCUUUUCCACGACGUAUAUCUGCAGAAACUGCGGGUUUAUCAACGGGCAAUUACUGGAAGGGUCUCCUCUAUAUGGGCAAGCGUCGAGGAAUGAUGAUGCCCCUGAAGUUAAGAAACAAAAAAUAGAGUCUAGCACUUUGUCCACAGAACAAAAACCAGACGAGGAGCCAAAAGAGCAUAUAAGUGAAAGCAUCCUGAGAGCAAAUCUGCGUGAGCUGAUGUCAGGCGCUAACAACAUAGAAGGCUCCCUCAGCUAA